AUGGGCAAUCCCUCGUCUCCUUGGGCCCUCGGCCCCGCACCCAAUCUACUCAUGCCGUCCCAACGGGAGCCGACCCUGGAGGAGGGCUACCUCUUCAAUUACUUGAUCCUCCCCGCCAAGUCGACAGGUCUCACGUCCAAAGAGUACGAGGACCAGCUCAAGGCCAGGGGCCUCGACCACACCGGCGAACGCAUCCAGCGCGCCAGGCGCCUGGCCGAAGACAAGAGGAACAUGGACCACUGGAUCCUCCCCCUGCCGUACGACGAGGACACCGACGCCGAGGACGACGACGAUGACGAGGAGAGGGAGGAGGAGGAGAGGGACGACGACGACGACGUGGUCAUCCUCGGCGGCGGCGCCGAGGAGCUGCGCCAUCGUCGCAUCACCUUCGACGAGGGCAUCCUCGACGCCUGGCAGGCCCGCAACCAUCGGGACCUGGAGCUCCAGUUCCAGCUGGGGCAGCGCCGCCUGGACAACGAGCAGCGCCGCCUGGACAACGAGCAGCGCCGCCGCCCCGAGGACAUGCGCCUCCAGGCGGAGCUCGGCCGCAAGGCGCGCAGCAGCCCCAGUAGCGGCAGCAGCUCGGGCGAGGAUGAGAAGAAGAGGCGUCGCCACCGCAAGGGACACGUCCAGCCCCAGGGCGGGCCUGCCGCGUCCUCCUCCACCACCCCCACCCCCACCCCCACCCGCCGCCGCCGCCGCUGCCGCCUGAGCCCUCCUCGUUCCGGUCCGCUUUAA